AUGAUGUCCAAAUUCAAUCCCAACAACAAUCAGAAUCCUCAAUCGCAUCAUCAUCAUCGGUUAAUGAUGAAUCCUGCCUUUUUUCAAUCCUCUACUACACAAACACCAUCAGUUUCAUCAUCGGUUCGGGAUAUUCCAAUUGAAAUUGUGGAGAGUAGGAGGUCAUCCACUGCUACCACUGCAUCAACAUCUGCGCAGAUGAGAGCCUCUUCCUAUCGAGAACCUAUCUCAUCCUCUCAAGCACACACAAGUCAUCGGAGUCAACAAGGAAGAAAUAAUCACCAUGCAGUUCAUCAGCAGCAGCAACAACCAUUAAAUAUUCCUAGUUCUUCUUCCAGAAUGAUUGGGAGCCUUAAGCGACGGCCCUCUUCUGCAUCAUCCUCCGUUCAAAACGCUAUCGAUGAGGACGAAGAGAAUGUCAUCUCCGAAGAGGAGGAGGAGCCUUCAUCCUUGUACGAAAUGACACGAUACUUGAACAAGAAAAAUUCAACCAACAACGAGUCUAUCCAUCAUGAAGAGGAUGAAAAUUUUGUGGUACAAAAUACAAAAUUAUUCAAGCCAGUCCUUAAGCAAAGCAUGAAAAAUGAUUUUGAUGAAAUUCCAAUUCAUGCAAAAUAUAAUCAGCAUCAGGAAAUGCAUGAUGUGGAAGAACAAGAUGAAACACUUGAUCAAGACGAUGACACACCUACUUCGAUUCAUGAAUCUCCAAUUAAGGCAAGACAACCUCCUCGAUCUGGAGCCAAGCAUAGGAGAACCCUAUCAUCAAGAAUUUUGCCAAGCAAUAAUUUUAACCAGAGACGAGAUAAUGACUCGUCUUCCGACUCGGCGUCGCCUCCACAGUUGCCACCACAAUCAAGGCAGUAUCGUUCGCCGGUGGUCGAAGAGACAAAAGUUCAAGAGGAUUCUCCCAAUGUGAACGAUAAAAACCAUUAA